UCUUCCUUUUUGUUCCGUCUUAAAAAAUAAGCAUAAAGAAACAAAGAAGAUCCUUGGAGAUCUGCACGUCUUCGUUUCUAGAAACAGCUGUGGUUGUCUUAAACCAUAUUCAUUGUGACUUCUUGUAUCUUUUCUCGAAUAGAUGUUCUCCCAAGUGUCAAUAUAUGAGGCUCUGAGAGGUGUAUUCAUACCGCUCAACCAAUCCACUAGAGACUCAAAAUGUUGUCUUACCACCACCAACUCUCAAGUAGUGUUCUGUCUCUGCCUGCUUAAGUUUUUGUAGAUUAGAUGGAAAACAAACCAAGUGUCUUGACCGAUAAAUACGAAGUCGGAAGGUUACUAGGCCAAGGCACUUUCGCCAAAGUCUACUACGGAAGGAGUGUUCAUACUAACCAGAGCGUUGCCAUCAAAAUGAUCGACAAGGAAAAAAUUAUGAAAGUUGGGCUUAAAAACCAGAUCAAGCGAGAGAUAUUCGUAAUGCGUAUAGCUAAACACCCCAACGUAGUGGAGCUAUACGAGGUCAUGGCAACAAAAACAAGAAUCUACUUCGUCAUGGAGUACUGCAAAGGCGGAGAGCUUUUCAACAAACUCGCCAAAGGAAAACUGAGAGAUGACGUCGCUUGGAACUACUUUUACCAGCUCAUCAACGCGGUUGAUUUUUGCCACAGCAGGGGAGUGUAUCACCGUGACAUCAAGCCGGAGAAUCUAUUGCUUGAUGAGGACGACAAUCUCAAGGUGUCUGAUUUUGGUUUAAGCGCCCUUGCUGACUGCAAGGGACAAGAUGGUCUCUUGCACACCACUUGUGGCACUCCUGCUUAUGUUGCUCCUGAAGUGAUUAAUAGAAAGGGAUAUGAUGGGACAAAGGCAGAUGUUUGGUCUUGUGGGGUGGUUUUGUUUGUUCUGUUGGCUGGUUAUCUCCCUUUCCAUGACUCUAACUUGAUGGAGAUGUAUAGGAAGAUAGGAAGAGGAGAGUUUAAGGCCCCAAGCUGGUUUGCACCUGAAGUAAAGAGACUCUUGUGUAAGAUGCUGGACCCUAACCCUGAAACAAGAAUCACUAUUGCCAAAAUAAGAGAGAGUUCUUGGUUUAGAAAAGGUUUACACAUGAAAGAGAAAAAGAUGGAGAAACGAGUCGAAGAGAUGAGUUCAGAGGAGAGCAAUACAGACCAGCCUACAAGUAUAAACGCUUUUGAUGUAAUUGCAUUGUCUGCUAGGUUUGAUUUGUCAGGACUUUUUGGUGACGUGUAUGACAAGCGAGAGUCUAGAUUCACAUCUAAGAAGCCUGCUUCAGUGAUCAUAUCUAAGCUGGAGGAAGCGGCGCAACGGUUGAAGCUGAGGAUAAGAAAGAGAGAAGCAGGUUUGUUCAAGCUGGAACGUUUGAAGGAGGGAAGGAAAGGAGUACUGUCGAUGGAUGCGGAGAUAUUUCAAGUGACGCCGACGUUUCAUAUGGUGGAAGUGAAGAAAUGUAAUGGAGAUACUCUGGAAUAUCAAAAGUUGGUGAAAGAGGAUCUUAGGCCUGCUCUUGCUGAUAUUGUUUGGGUUUGGCAGAGCGACAAAGAUGAGGAGUUGGUCUCUGCUUCACAGCAAGAGAUAGAACAGCAACAGGAGGAAGAAUCGUUGUAGUUUUGAGAAGUUUUGUUCCAGUUUUUGGAUAUUCUUAGCUCUGAUGCUAAAACGUAUAUGAGUUUCUUACCAUUUCCGUUUGUGAUAAAGAUAGGAAAAGCUUUUUGAUAAUUUGGAGAAAGUGCAGUUCUGAAGAUAGGAAAAGCUUUUGA